AUGAUUUACCUCUUUGCUCUCUUAGCCAUUGGAAUUUAUUCUCCAGCACUUUCUACUAUCGUUCAGCCAGACCAAAUUGCCAAAACUGUCUUUCUCAAUGACACUACUUUUGUUGCCUACAACGAAUCCACUACCAAAUGCCGCAUCGAAUGUGCUGACGCAGAGACAAUGCUCCAACAGGAUUUCCGCGCAUAUCAAAAAGUUUGGAUGUACAACAACACUGAAAUGUUCUCAGCUGUCGACAAAACUUUUAUGGACGCCAACCGCAGUAUCGAAUUUCAAGCUCUCAAUGUUGAAGACUCUGGCGCCUAUCAAUGCUGCAUCCGUUCCACUGACCUUGCAUACCAAUCUUUCGUUUGCUACAGUACUUUUCUGAUUGUGUUGGAUGAGAUGCCAGAAGAUGGAAUUAAUGCAACUGCUAUCCCUAUUACUACCGAAGCUCCUCCAUCGCCAUCAUGGAAUGUAGUGCUGGAGAACGGAGACACCUUGAAUGCACAGGCUGAGAAUAACUAUUUUCUGAAAAUCUUCGAGGAUAACGUGACAGCAAUUCACUGCUUGGUGAACGAAGUGGAAGUCAACAUUAAGACGAGCAACUCGUUCCCACCUCCGCUUUACAACGACAUCCUCAUUCACUCGUUCAAUUUGACUGAUCACAGUGGCCUUUACGUCUGUAAUGGAACACUCCAAAUCGGAAACGAAACAACCAUCGAGAGUGUGUCAUUCACCGUAUCUCAGUCAUGGAACGACAACAAAAACGCGGAUUUGUUGGACGCGAAAGUGGUCGCCGAGGCUCUCAAAUCUGCAUUCACCGUCUUCUCCGCCUUCUUCAUCCCUCUUUUCAUUCUUCUCGCCGUUUUCGGAGCUUGA